AUGCCCCGUUCCAGUAGUCGGGAGCACGCCGGCCGGAGGCGCAGUAUUUUCGGCAUUCCCUCUUUUACCCAGAUUCAUCCUACCACCACGCGCGACUCUCCGGACAAGCUGAACAAGGACUCCUCCAAGACUUUGAAGAAGCGUCGCGGCCCCACUCUUGUCACCAAUCUUGAAUCCUCACCAGAGCUGGUCCACGAUGAGGAUCCUUCGCCUAUCUCAGCAGGCACCUUACCUUCUCCCAAACCAGUCACACGUCCUUCCCUGAGUACUCGUAGCGGCGGCCGCCCUGUUUCGUCUGUCUUUGGCUCAUUGCGAUCCAUGCGUUCCAUGCAUGAAGACGACACUCCUUUGACUACCACCUCAAGCCGAACUCCAUCCAUCAACUGGGCCGAUUUUGAUACCAACAAUUGCCGGAAAGGACGCGUGCUACACCAUGGCGAAGUGCAGACCAGUAGUAGCAUGUUUCGUAAGAAGAAAGAGUACCUGGUCUUGACAGACACCCAUAUCUUGCGCUAUAAGAAUCAGUCAAAAGCUGCCGAAACCAUCGGCAGUGUCCCUCCUCCAUUUGGCAGAAGUCCGACAAUCCGUCAUAGCUCAACCAAUUCCAUUGGCUCUUCUCAGGAUCUACAAUCUCUACAUUCGGAUUCUUCAGGCGACAAGGAAGGCAGGGUCACGCUCCGUCAUGUUGUCGCUGUUCACAGGCUCGAUGAUGGUCGCCCUUACUUUGCCAUUGAGGUUUGCUACCUCGACGAGGAAGGAUCACAGGCUUCAGCCAUGGUAAUGCAGUUUGGAGAUUCUGAGGAUCGUGAUUUGUGGUUGCGCUCAAUCCGUCAGGCCGCUAACCAGGCCCGACUACAAGAUGUUAAUCCUAUCUCUGUCGUCAACUCGAAAAAUGCCGCAAGGGCUGUUGAGCGUGAGAAUGAUUACGAUCCUGCCAACUAUGCCAUUUACAAGGUCAUACAGCGCCAAUUCUCAAAAUCGCGAUCCUCCACCGACGACUUGUCGAAAAUUGCAUCUACAGUUUGCUUCUUGGCCAUAGGUAUCCACAAGGUCCAUGUGAUACCUCUAGUAAAGACUACCAGUCGCGUUUCAUCUCCUUCUCUGUCAGCAAGCAACGUCCCCACAUCGUAUGGUAUCCUCAACUUGACGGCGAUUCGAGUGAGUCAAUCAGAUGAUCAUUUCGAGCUCACAUUUCGACAACCUCUUAAACGACCAAAGACGCUAUAUCUGGCUUCCCUGGCUUCUCACGAUAUUGCUCUUCGUCUUCACCAUGUCGAAAACGUCCUUCGUCCGGAGUGUGCUUCUCGAAUGUUCAAAUUUAGCGUCCCACAGGAAAUUGACGAUCAGCUUCCUCCUACAGUGGACUCAGAUACGGAAGAUCAUUGCUGCUUCGAACGUACGCUCACGGCAUACUGCAUUGCUUACGAUGUCAACCCAUCGAAUAUCUGCUAUACCAUUGACUACUCGUGCGAGGAUGCGCCCCGCUUCCAACUACUGCCAUUAGCAGAUGCACGUCGACAGAAUUAUUGUGCAGCCGAGUUGCUAGCUGUCAUGCGGGCCUUGCGAUACAACGAAUCUUUCAACUCGCUCUCAUUUGCUGAUGUUCAACUUGAUGUACUUAAUGGACUUCACGACACUUACGGCUCCGAGCAUGUCUGCACUCGAACGAAACGAGGAACUCCUAUCCGUCUGACCACAGAAGAGCUUACUCAAUCUUGUCUUUUGGUUCAGGAAGUUCGUGCGUUGGCUGCGACGAACAAGAAGCUUCGAAGAAUGGACUUCUCUCGAUGCAUUAUCGCAAAACCUCCAGAUUACACUGACGACUCGGAGGCUAGAGUCAAGGAUAUCGGAUGCGGUGUGGUCGAAGCCCUUUCACCACUUUGUAAGCAUCAAAUUACAAAUGUGGACUGGAUCGCACUGAAUGGUAUUCACCUCAGUGAGACUGAUCUUGAUUACCUAGUUGGUGCAGCUAGUGACAAAGCCUGUCACUUCCGCGCCAUUGAGUUGAGCAGAUGUUCCUUGACUGACCGUACACUGAGUUUGAUUCUGGACUCUCUUCGCGCCCAAGACAACACUCUGGAAGCCUUGGAUAUCUCUGGAAACCUUGCAAGACUCGCACCAGCCGUAUUCGAUGGACAAAUUAGUGUGUUUGGAUUUAUCCGCAAGCUCAAUCUUUCUUUUGCAUCUCGAACUUCAGGAGCCGAACCUUUAUUCAAUGCUGAGACUCUUCUUACCUGGCGUCUGGAAGAGCUUAGGCUGACCGGCACAUCUCUAAAUGAGAACACGAUCCAGGCUCUCGCAACAUAUCUCAAGCAUCCACAGUCUGACACCCUUCGUGAGUUGUACCUAGACUCUGCAUACAUGUCCGGUAGUGACAUUGCAACCAUCAUGCGCGCCACUAAGCGAGGAUCGAUUGAGCCUCGUUCCCUCCAUCUUGACAUAAGUCACAACAACAUCACAAAGGAUCACGAUCACCUAUGUAAGGCGAUCUCGGACGAUUCGACGCCUACUCACAUCACCCUUCGUGCCAUCGAGUAUCGCGAAGAGUCUGUGUUCCGACAUCUCAUCAAUGCAGUGAAAAAGAAUGAGAGCAUCAGAUAUCUCGACAUCUCAAGGACGACAUUACCCAGUGAUGCUAACGACGAAACAAGUCGUGCACUAGAGUCACUCUUUGCGGAAAACUGUACGCUCGAAGAAUUAGACAUCUCAGGAGAGGAUUCGCGACUAGAAACUUCACGAUUCGGCGUUGGGCUCAACCAGGCAUUGAAUGGUCUUCGCCACAAUACAGGCUUACAUGUCCUUCGAGUUCAGUAUCAGAGACUAGGCUUGCCUGGUGCUAGUAUGCUAGCAGAAGUUCUGAAGGUAAACAGCACGUUACGAGAACUGCACUGCGAGCAUAACGAUAUCCCUCUUUCCGCUUUCACCGACAUGAUCAACGCAUUGGGCAAGAACACGACACUGGUCUAUAUGCCUUACAUGGAUGAAAGCCGUUUAGCAGCUCUGAAGCAGACGGAGACACAGGUCAAACAGAUACGUGAUGAAGUACCUGCUUCGACAUCACCUCUCAAACCUGCUGUAUCUGCUCCUCUUUCCAAGCCACUGCCCUCGUCUUCCUCACCUAUCUCCGCACCAUCUGUCUCGCUUACCGACCAGGACAUUCAGGCCGCCUUACGCUUGGUAACGGAGUCUUGGGAUCGUCAACAAUACCGACUACAACAAUAUCUCGAAAGAAAUUGCUGCAUUUUGCAUGGCGUACCUACAUCCAUGGAGAUUGAAGAAGAGGCGUUUGAACGUGCAACCAGCGUUGGUACCUUGUCUCAGCUGAUUGAGAAGGUCAAGCUGGAUUCCACACCUACCGCAGAAAAAGAGCUAGACUUUGGAGAUGGAUACGGAUUAAACGAGGUCAGCGUCGUUGGAAGUGAAGACGACGAGCAACCCCAAGCAGGACUGAGACUUUCCCUUCCACCACGAUUGCAAUUACGCCAUGAUGUUGAAGAAGACGAACAACCAUCUGUCAGCUUCAAACAAUUCCUGCUUGGUCACCACGAUAUGAGUAGUCCAGAGGACACAGUCGACGGCGUGAGUUCCUCAGGCGCAGCCACUGAAGGCGAAGACAGCGAAUUGCCCAGCCCAGUACUCGAGAUGGGAAAACCCGUCCUCAAAGGAUUGGCUGGUCUAGGCAUCAACCAAGGAGACCUCAAAACACCUACUCAGAAGAGUUUCUUCGAUUAA